CCAAAAUAAUACUAGCUGGAAAAGAUCGCCUGUGAUUUCCCGUUGUUUGUCUUGCAGCAGCAAAAGAACCUCGAAGGAUAUGUCGGCUUCGCAAGCCUCCCCAACCAAGUGUACAGGAAGUCGGUCAAGAGGGGCUUUGAGUUCACCCUGAUGGUCGUUGGUGAAUCGGGGUUGGGCAAAUCCACGCUGAUCAACUCCCUCUUCCUCACCGAUCUGUACUCAUCAGAGUAUCCCGGACCUUCGCAUCGAAUCAAGAAGACUGUCCAGGUGGAACAGUCGAAAGUGCUCAUCAAGGAAGGCGGCGUGCAGUUGUUGCUCACAAUCGUCGACACCCCGGGCUUCGGAGAUGCCGUGGACAACAGCAACUGCUGGCAGCCGAUCAUCGACCACAUCGACAGCAAGUUCGAGGACUACCUGAACUCUGAAUCGCGCGUGAACAGACGGCAGAUGCCCGACAGCCGAAUUCACUGCUGCCUCUACUUUAUCGCACCGUCAGGACACGGCUUGAAGCCCCUGGACAUCGAGUUCAUGAAGCGUCUGCACGAAAAAGUCAACGUUAUCCCGCUGAUCGCAAAAGCAGACACGCUUACGCCAGAGGAAUGCCAGCAAUUCAAGAAGCAGAUCAUGCGGGAGAUUCAGGAGCACAAGAUUAAGAUCUACGAGUUCCCCGAGACGGAUGACGAAGAGGAGAACCGUCUUGUGAAGAAAAUUAAGGACAAGCUGCCGUUGGCCGUGGUGGGCAGCAACACCAUCAUCGAGGUGAACAGCAAGCGCGUCAGGGGACGACAGUACCCAUGGGGAGUCGCGGAAGUUGAGAACAGCGACCAUUGCGACUUCACCAUCCUCAGGGACAUGCUCAUCAGGACUCACAUGCAGGACUUGAAGGACGUGACAAACAACGUCCACUACGAGAACUACCGCAGCAGGAAGCUGGCUGCCGUCACCUACAACGGCGUGGAGAACAACAGGGCCAAGGGACAACUGUCCACCAAAAUGGACGCAGUCGAAGGAAUGAGUCCUCUGGCCCAGAUGGAGGAGGAGCGGCGGGAGCACGUGACCAAGAUGAAGAAGAUGGAAAUGGAGAUGGAGCAGGUGUUUGAGAUGAAAGUCAAGGAGAAAGUGCAGAAGCUCAAGGACUCUGAAGCAGAGCUUCAGCGGCGCCACGAGCAGAUGAAGAAGAAUCUGGAGGCGCAGCACAAGGAGCUGGAGGAGAAGAGGCGUGUGUUUGAGGAGGAGCGAGCCAACUGGGAAGCCCAACAGCGCCUGGAGCAGCAGAAACUGGAGGCCUCCAGAACUCUGGAGAAGAACAAAAAGAAAGGCAAGAUCUUUUAAAGAGACAGUCGUCAAGGACCAACCCGCGUCCGCUUAGUUCUCUUUGCCAACGUUUGCCGCUCAGGGCACCAUCAGUGUGUGGCACUGACGCCCCCCCCCCCUCUUCAACUUUAACCCCAUCUUCCUCUUUCUCUUGUACCUGCACCCUGUUGCAGUGGGUGUGUCUCGAAUUCUUUGGGAAACAUCCUUCACACACACACAAUCCGAGGACUCGUCAUCAUUGAAGAAUGUGUUUACCUUAACAACAGUAAAACAUCAAAGUAGAAAAAGGCCAAACCGUUAUUAUUUUAAUUAUUAUUAUUGUUAUUGGUGUUGUUCUUACUGUUGUAACUCUGGCCCGGCCCCUUCCUGCUGCGCUCCUUUUUCCUACCAAGCAAGGUUGUUUUUUAAUUUACGUGGUGUUUUUUCUUUUGACGGUUGUACAAUCACAUGUGACAGGACACAAAUAAGAAUUUACGUUGUAAUAAGGCAGACGCUCUUCCAUGUUUUGAUACAGCGGGAAGAUGAAUUUUUUCUUUUUUUCCUUGAAAGUACCCGCUGAAGCUGUUUAACCUAUCCAAGUUAGAAAAAAAAAACUGGGCCUUUUUUUAUAGACUCAACUCCUGGCUUAAGCUUCUUAUUUUCACAUUAUAACAAUUUUUUUUUUCCCCCUAUCCACCUUUCUGUGUUUAGCCAUCUACCGCUAGCAUUGGACCACCAUUUAUAUAAUGUUAAAAGUAUUACAUUUCUCUUUAUUUUUAUUUUUAUAUAUAAAUAUAUACCGAGCCAGCUGAAGUAAGGCCUGCUUUUGUAUGUGUAGAAGAAAAAUAAAAUCCUCAGAGACGUGAGAGCUGCGUCCACUGUUUAUAAAGUUUUAUAACACAUGCCACCAAAUACGAAAUUAGGAAAAUAAAACCCGAAAAUAUUAGGUCAUGCUACGUUUAAUGGCCAGUGAGAAAUGAAGUCGACACCCAUGUUUUUUUUUCUUUUGGCUUUUGGCUAUUUACUCCAUUUCUUGUAUUUUUAAUGUUAUUUUUUUCCAUUUGUAUUGUACAAAGUCACUUAAUAAAACCUGUGAUCAUA